UCAAUGAGGUGUUGAGUUUGAUCGUUAGCGAUGUCGAUGGUGAGUUAGAUUAUUGAUGCAGAGUUGAGAGUAUACUCAGACAAGGCUGUUACUUUGUUUUGCUUAAAUUAUCUCUUAAUGGUAUUGCCUUCGGCUGCACAUUGAACUUCAAGAGGUGCUGCAAAUGAACGUAGAGGUGAUGGAGUCCAGGGAGGAAGGUAAAAGAAGACAUUUUACUCUGGGCGUUUUGGAAUGUUUCCAGCUGAGGACAGAAUGUCUGGAGCUGCAAUAACAUGUGCCGUCUUCAUUUGCCUCCUACAGGGGAUGCAAAGUGUUACAGGCUGCAACCACACGUUGACGGGUAAUUCUGGAGUGUUCUCGUCACCGAACUACCCGGGGUUCUAUCCCUCCAAUGUUGACUGCUACUACACCAUCGAUGCCGGCCCCAAACUUAUUCGACUCAUAUUUCUGGACUUUGCAGUCGAAAUAGGCUAUGACUUUGCGAAGGUAUACGAUGGCUCCAACAAUCUGCUGAGUGCGCUGGACGGAAGUAAGGGCAUGUACGUCAUCCAGCCAGCCACCUUCUAUAAAGUUCUGUUUCAUACCGAUACGUUAAUCCAUUACAGCGGCUUCAAUGCAACAUGGACAAUCUCUGCCGCCGCCUUAGCUGAAGACGUUCCCGCUCGCAUCCACGGUCGUUGUAGCUAUCACGAAGAUGUUGUUCGCCAGUCCACAUCCGGGUUCUCCCUUGGUCACCUUGAACUACUGAGCACAGUCACCAUCUUCGACUGCAUGUUCAUCUGUAAGGAAGAUAGUUUAUGCACGGCGUUCCAUUACCAGAAUCAAGAUUGUUCCUUCUAUUUCAACUUUCCUUGUAAUGAUACCCUCCCGGCAUUGCUGUACAUGGGAAUGUGACGUCUAC